AUGGCGUCCUCCGGAGACAAGCUUAGGGAGCUCAACAACGUCACCGACAAUGCGCUUAAUAUUGUUGGCCAACUCGACGCCGUGGUGUCAAGCAUUGCGGCGCACAAGCCCGGCACCGCCAGCACAGCACAGCUAAUGGCCGAGCCAGUCGCUGCAGUCGACAACUCUAACAUCGAUGCGCUCUCUCUGGCGCACGAUUCAGCCUCUCUCAUCAAGGCGCAUGCCACCAAGAUCUCGCUCCUCAUAAUCAAUGAGCCCUUCACCCCGACUGCCAUCGCAAAGGUCCUCCGCGAGCUUGUCGCCAGCCCCGUACCCAGCCUGGCCGCCGCAGUCGAGCUGUGCACGCCACGACGGUACACGCGGAUCAUUCAGCAGGAUGUAGCUUGGCGGGCUGGCCGGGUGCUCAAAGAGCUGAAGGAGCUUCUCUCGCGGAUUCCCAGGGAUGGCAGAGUCCUGUCCGACGCCAAAAGGGACGCCACGUCUGGGGCAGCAGGGGGCAGGGGGAGCAUUGCUACCACGGGUGUUCUGUGGUCUGCGUGCGACGACCUCAUGGCGUUCGCGAAGCGAGGGUUCGCCGGUAACCUGGGGUACAAGGUUGAACAGCUCAGGGACACUCUGAAGGAUGUCAUGGAAGAGCUGAAGAAUUGGGGCGAGGAGGCGGACGACGACGACGGUGCAGGGGAUGACGACAACGUUGACGAUGCUCAUGGUGAUGAUACGGACGACGCCCAAGCCAUCCUAGACGGCCUGAUGGACUCGCAGCGGCACAUUCCGCGCGACGACCCCGACAAUAUUCGCGAGCGCUUGGGCUCAUGCCUCAAAAGGCUCCGCUUGACCACCUUGCUGUACCAAGCUGCGGUGAAGCGCAGAAUCAAGCCCCUACCGAGACUUCCCCCGGAGUCGCCUUCGGAUAUUCCUGUCCGGCUGGAUGAGGUCGUGUCUGUCCUCAAAGGGAUACCGGAGAAAUUCGGGAAUCUCGCCAUGGCGUUUUACGAAUUGGACGCCUCUGAGAUUGACCGCCUGAUGGACGAGUGCUUCUUUGAUGCCUUUGCUGCCUCUGAGCUUCUUGUCAGACCGUGGGAGGGACAAAAGGACGAGUUUUCAGACUGGGCCUUACGAUUUCAGCUAGAGAUAAAGAAAAGCUAA